AACUACACUACUUUAUCAUCAGACAUGUUGCUCUCUAUUAUCAAGAAAACAACGGAAUGAUUCAAACUCGGUCAGUGAUAAAUUCGAAAUAAUAAAACGUAUUUUUUUUGUUUGCCAAAAAAAAAAAAAAAUGAUAAGUAAUUAAAACAGUAUAUUAUAGUGAUUUAGUAAAAUGACAUCUCCUACACCUUCGUCGUCUGCUAUUUUAAUAAAUGACGUUGUCAGUGAAAACAGUCUCAAUGACAGUCGUGAUGACAAAGAAAAACUUCUUAAACCUAGAGAUACUCCACGAAAUAAUUUUAUUUCAUAUUCAAAUGAUGAUAUUAAUGUCAGAUUCAGGAACGUAAAUGCAGAAGAAAAUUAUGGAUUUAACAGUAUUAUGGAAAGUGUUUCCAAUCGGCAAUCGAGAAGACUCAAUGCUGGAGAAUUAACUCCAGGUGCAACAAAUUUCCUUUCUACAAAUUAUGAGAGUCUGGAUUAUGAUCCCUGUGAAAAUAAUUUACUUCUGGAUGAAGAGAGAAAAAAGGGUUACAAAUUUGUUAUAAAGAAAAAACUUGCAAGAUGGUUUAUUUUCUUAUUAAUAGGAAUAUGUACGGCUCUAAUUGCAUGUUUUGUAGACAUUUCAAUAGAAGAAUUAUCUAGUUUAAAGUAUGGAUUGGUAAAAAAAUAUGUGGAUAUAUGCGCAAUGUCAAAUUGUUUAAUAGUACCAUAUAUAAUUUGGCUAGUUAUAAAUUUAUUUGUAGUUCUAAUAGGAGCUAUUCUAGUGGCAUAUGUAGAACCAGUGGCAGCUGGAAGUGGCAUUCCACAAGUAAAAUGUUAUUUAAAUGGAGUCAAAGUCCCACGGGUCGUAAGAAUAAAGACAUUAGCUGUAAAAAUUAUAGGAGUUAUAACAACAGUUGUUGGAGGUCUAGCUGGUGGCAAGGAAGGACCAAUGAUUCAUUCGGGAGCUGUUGUAGCUGCUGGAAUAUCUCAAGGAAAAAGUACAACGUUUAAAAGAGAUUUGAAAAUAUUUCAAUAUUUUCGAGAAGAUCACGAGAAACGAGAUUUUGUCUCAGGUGGUGCAGCCUCGGGAGUUUCUGCAGCUUUUGGUGCACCAAUCGGUGGUGUUUUAUUCAGUAUAGAGGAAGGUGCAAGUUUCUUUAAUCAAAGUUUAACAUGGAGAACAUUUUUUGCGAGUAUGAUAACAACAUUUACUCUCAAUAUUAUUUUAAGUGCCUAUCAUCAUCAUCUUGGUGAUCUUUCCUAUCCGGGUCUAUUGAAUUUAGGAAAAUUCGAAACCAUUAAUUAUCAAAUUUAUGAGAUUCCACUUUUCAUGUUAGUGGGAACAAUUGGCGGUGCUUUUGGAGCACUUUGGAAUCAUUUAAAUUAUAAAAUAACAUGCUAUCGAAUGAAGUAUAUUAAACAAAAAUGGCUUAAAGUUGUUGAAGUAUUACUCGUUGCUACGAUGAGUACAACAAUGGGAUUUUUAAUGAUGUUCUUUAUUAAUGAUUGCAAAGAUUUGGGCAAAGAUCCAACAAAAUUUCCAGUUCAAUUGUUUUGCGGUAAAGGUCAAUAUAAUGCUGCUGCGGCUUUAUGGUUUCAAACACCUGAGAGUACUGUUCGUUCUCUUUUUCACGAUCCUCCAGGUUCUCAUAAUGCUGAAACAUUAAUUAUAUUUGUUUUACUCUACUUUUUUUUGGCGGCAUGUACUUUUGGUCUAUCAAUGUCAAGUGGUCUUUUUAUACCAUCUCUUUUAAUUGGCGCUGGUUGGGGUAGAUUAAUUGGUUCUGGAUUAACUGAUAUUUUACCAUCAUGUAAUUUAGAUCCCGGAAAGUAUGCAUUACUCGGUGCUGCUGCACAAUUAGGAGGUGUUGUACGAAUGACUAUUAGUUUAACUGCCAUCUUAAUAGAAGCAACUCAAGGAAUUUCUUUUGGUCUUCCUAUUAUUAUUGUUCUAAUAAUGUCUAAGUGGGUUGGUGAUUUUUUUAAUGAGGGAAUUUAUGAAAUUCACACACAAAUGGCGGGUGUACCUUUUCUCGCUUGGGAAGCGCCACCUUUAUCAAAUAAUAUUUAUGCCAGUGAAAUAAUGAGCCAUCCAGUGGUAUCAUUAAAAUCAAUAGAAAAUGUUGGUCAUAUUGUUGAAGUUUUGAGAUGUGUUUCUUUUAAUGGAUUUCCGGUGGUUGAUCCACCAAGUGGAGAUCAGGAUGAAAUCACGUGCUAUGGACGAUUUCGAGGAUUGAUCUUGCGUUCGCAGUUAUUGGUUAUUUUGCGAAAUAAACUAUUCAACGAAUAUGCCGAUUUUUGGGAGGAAAAAUUAGAUAUAAAAAUAUUUAGAAACGAAUAUCCUAGGUAUCCAACAAUUGAUGAAGUACAUGUCACAGAAGAAGAAAAGACUUUUAUGAUAGAUUUAAGGCCUUUCAUGAAUCCAACACCCUAUACUUUACAGCACUCAGCAACGUUGCCUCGUGUAUUUAGACUCUUUAGAGCAUUGGGACUUCGGCAUCUACCAAUUUUAAAUGACACUAAUGAGGUUGUUGGUAUGAUAACGAGAAAAGAUGUAGCUAGAUAUCGAAUAUGGAAGCAUCUAGGAAAAAUGGGUUUGGAUGAACUUUUAAUAACAGACAGAUUCAAUACGUCUUCUUAAAAAAAAAACAGUGUAAAAAAAGUUAUAUUUUUAUCAAGUUAUUGUCUUAUCAUUUUUUUUUUUGCCAAGUGAUAUUUAUAAAUUAAAAUUAUUUAAAAAAUUGUACAGAAAUUUUGUACAAUAUCAUUGACUGAUAUAAUAUAAUAAUUGUCUUAUUUUAAAUAUUGAAGAUUAAAAAUAAAAUCAUUAUUUCUAUUUUAAUAAAAA